GCGUUCAAGUGCAGCAGCAGCAGGAGCAGGGACGUACGGGGUUAAUCCGACCCAUAUGCUGCACUGGGAGGUUGGGUCCACCACUACGGGGAAGACUGCGUGAGGCUGGCAGGCUGGGAGGGAGCACAGCAGAAGGGAGAGGACAGCGGGACUCAACACACACACACGCACACCCUUUCAAACCAACACCUGCACCUGGCCGCUCCAUUUCCGCUCACAGAAGUCUUUCUCGUUCACCAGCGUGACGUGGAGUGCUAUCAUCCACGCGGAUGGCUUCGUAAACUUUGCCAAAGCGAUUUUAUUCCUCUUAUGGGGACCAAAAGUCGACUCAUAGCGACUGGUUGCAAGCUCUUCUACUUUUUCUCGUGGGUACCAAGAAUAAUCAUUUAAAAAAACGGAUUAUUUCCCCACGCGGUGUGAUUUUUUUCCUUGGAACGACGCGCGGGGGAAUGUGGCUGUGAUAACUUUUUGCAUCGGGGAUAUCAAAGGUGUGAAGAUUUGGACUGCGCUGUGCGUCUCACCUUAUUGCACAGCUGCAGGCCGAACUCCUGAUCAGAGGCUUCAAAGAGCACGAGAGAAAGAGAGAGAGAGAGAGAGAGAGCGUAUUUAGAUCUGUGUGGGCUACCUGUAUGGCUGUUACCAUGACAACAUCUGGAGCCCAACUCCUCUUGGUGGCCUUGUGUGUUUACAGAGGCCUGAGCCUGCAGCAGUCGGCGCCGCGGGUUCGCCUCUCAUUCAAAGAACUGAUGGACACGCGGGCAGCGCGACCCUUCAGUUUUUCCUUCAACACCAGCGACUACCGAAUCCUCUUGAUGGAUCAGGACCAGGGUCGCCUGUACCUGGGCAGCAGGGAAUACCUGGUGGCUCUGGAUAUGCACAAUGUCAACAAAGAACCGCUAAUAAUCCACUGGCCAGCAUCUGCCAAGAGGAAAGGGGAGUGCCAAAUGACAGGAAAGGGAAGACAGGGCGAAUGCGCCAACUUUGUACGCUUGAUCGAGCCAUGGAACCGCACCCACCUCUACACCUGUGGAACGGGAGCUUACCAACCCAUCUGCACAUUCAUCAACAGAGGCUGGAGGGCCGAGGACUACCUGUUUCGACUGGUCCCCGGCUAUGUGGACUCCGGGAAGGGAAAAUGUUCCUAUGAUCCCAAAGAGGAGAAUGUCGCAGUUCUUAUUCAUGGUGACCUGUAUGCAGGGGUCCAUAUUGACUUCAUGAGCACAGAUGCAGCUCUCUUUAGGACCAUGGGUGGGAGAACUGCCAUCCGGACGGAACAGUACGAUUCCAGGUGGCUCAACGAACCGGUGUUUGUUCAGAUCCAACAGAUCCCUGACAGUGCAGAGAGCAACGACGACAAGCUCUACUUCUUUUUCCGCGAGAAGAGCUUAGACUCCAGCGGAGGCCCCAACAUCUUGGCCAGGGUGGGCAGAGUGUGCCUGAAUGACGAAGGGGGUCAGAAAUCUCUGGUGAACCGCUGGACAACGUUUCUCAAAGCUCGGCUUAUCUGCUCAGUGAUCGGCGAUGAUGGAGUUGAAACGCGAUUUGAUGAAUUACGUGACGUAUUCAUCCAGCCGACACAGGACGAACGAAACCCAAUGGUGUUUGCACUCUUUACUACUGCGGGCUCUGUAUUCAAGGGCUCAGCAGUGUGCGUCUACUCCAUGGCCGACAUCCGCAAUGUCUUCAACGGGCCGUUCGCCCACAAGCAUGGCCACAAUUACCAGUGGACGGAGUACAAUGGCAAGAUUCCGUACCCCCGACCGGGAAUGUGCCCGGGAGGAACCUUCACCCCUGGGAUCCGCUCCUCCAAGAGUUUCUCUGAUGAGGCUGUCAAUUUCAUCCGCGCUCACCCACUCAUGUUCCAGCCCGUCUAUCCUAUCCACCGUCGCCCUCUAGUGGUGAGAACCGGUGUGGACUACCGCUUCACGGCCCUGGUGGUGGAUCAGGUGGAUGCUGUGGAUGGACGCUACGAGGUGCUGUUUCUGGGCACAGAUCGUGGCACCAUCCAGAAAGUCAUAGUUUUGCCCAAAGACCCCACCAGCAUGGAGGAGCUCACGUUAGAGGAAGUGGAAGUGUUCCGGAGUCGAGCUCCUGUCAAAACGAUGAAGAUCUCUUCUAAACGACAACAGCUGUAUGUAUCAUCGGAUGCGGGCUUGACGCAGGUGUCGCUGCACCGCUGCGGCGUUUAUGGUAGAGCCUGCUCCGACUGCUGCCUGGCUCGGGAUCCUUACUGCGCCUGGGACGGGGAGAGCUGCUCGGCCUUCACUCCUUCCACCAAGAGGAGGAGCAGAAGACAAGACGUCAAACACGGCGAUCCUCUCAGGCAGUGUCGAGGCUUUAACGCCAAAGUGGAGAAACGUCUGCGAGAAACGGUACAGUUCGGGGUGAAAGGUAGCAGCACCUUUUUAGAGUGUCAGCCUCGGUCCCCUCAGGCCACCAUCAAGUGGCUUUUCCAGAGUAACGGCAAAAGGAAAUUGCUCAACCGCGUCGGCGAUGUCCUGAAGACCAACCACGGCAUCCUUCUCAAGUCCCUCAAUGGAUCGGACGCGGGGCUGUACCACUGCCUGGCCACCGAGAACAACUUUAAACACACGGUGGCCCGCGUGGCGCUGCGCAUCCUCGAUCGAGACAUCGUUUUGGCUCUGAGCGCUCGAGACGAUGACGAGGCCGAGACCGAUCCCGAGACUCACGCCGCGCGACCUUACCCUCGGUCGUCCCUCGCUUCCACACCUUUCCCGCCUGAGAUCAGACUGAUCAACCAGUACUGCCAGUCCUAUUGGGAGCAGUCCAGUCCCAAGCAGCAGCAACAUCACCAGCGCAAGCGCACCAGCCGGCGGCAUGCGGAAGGCCAGGAGCAAGGUCUCGGUUAGGACGCUCCUGCCGUCUGAGGUGGCCCAGUUGGACUUUUAUUGGUUGUUGUUCAUGCAUGUUUGUGCAUCUCCUCCAUUGGUUUGACAGUCGACGCUGUCAUGCCGUUCAAGUACCAUAUUGGUGUUUUAUCUUCUGCGUAGCGGGUACAUUUAGCGGAUCGCACGCCUCACCAAUGAGCGCAUUCCAAUGGUUCCAUUGCAGUUUCUCUUGUUUGUUCAGCUUUCAAGUUCAGGACAUAGUCACAGCUGAAGUCAUUUUUGAUUCAAUUAAAUUACCUUCCAGACCAACUACAAUCUAUUCCUAACGUGAAAAGAUCAUUUUUCCUCACUCAACCACAUGACUACGAUGACAUACGUGACUUGCCAAAAGUUAGAUGUUGGGCUUUGCCAUGAAAAUUUCAGGGUGAACAUAAAGUGCACUGUGUUUCACAUUUUGCAGGUUCAGUGCAUCGCAUUCUUUUUCUUAAAAAAACCAUUUACUUGCACCAUAUCUUAAGGGAGCGUAUUGCUGCAACAACAUUAAAGGAAAAAUAAAAGUUCAGUUUCACGCUUUAACUUGAUAAAGUUCACGUUCCCCCCCCCCCAGAUUGUUCUCCGUAUGUUAUGUUUGUAGUGUUUUUUGUCAUGUUAAACUUACCUUUUAAUUUGACCUUCUUUCAACGUUUGAGUGAAUGUCCGACUGUUCAGUGUGUCACGAAUUUGAACGGACCAAAUAAUUGCCCCGGUUGAAGUCGACUUGGCUUUUCACCAAUUCUGUUCAUCACGCUGUUCACAUUUUGACAUUACAAGACCAAGAUGACAUCCAAAAAUGGAUAGCUGAGAGAAGUUUAAACAUUUUAUGCAACAUUUUAUGUUCGUCCUGAAAUUACACCCGACAGCUGAAUAUCCCACACUUUUUUGAGUUUUGUAGAAUAAGCAAGUGCACCGUUGUUUCCAAUAUUCCGACUGCAUGACACUGAAAGUUGGCGGUGCAGGGAAAAUAGGAUAUUUGUAAACUUAUAACCCUAGUGCCACAAGAAGGUGUCAAGCGGCAAAACCACAAGUGUGCUACUUUUGAGUAUAUUGAGAGCAAAUGUAAUAUAUUGAUUGUGAAUAUAAUAUAUACGGCCAGUGGAUUACUGUUGUAUUGUUUGAGGAAGCAAAGAUGUUUUAUCAAUGUUUGCAUGCUUCUCUAUGUUGUUUGUCACUCUUCUUGGGCCUUGCCGUGUAACGAUGUCCGUAAAGUGUCAACUAUGAAUACCGUGUUAAGCUAGGCCUCUCCGGUCCUGUGCUGUCGUGACCCCCCCAGUAUGUGAGUGGUGAAGACACACUUCACCGCGGUCUUCCAGUCAUGCACUUUGUAAGUGGUGGUGGUGGGAAAUUUGGGAUGUUUGCACAGCUGUUAACAGUAAGUUAAACCUUUUUUUUUAUGUACAGUGUCUUGUUAUAUAAAGUGGAACGAUGUUGA